UUCUCUGGGAAAGUGUCUGGCUCCCCGAGAAUCCUUGGGGCGGGGUGCCGGGGCGCGCCUGGCGCAAAAUGGUUAAAACAAAGUCCCCGCGCGCCCCGCGGCCCCUCUUAAGGAAAGUGUGCGCGCUGGUGGCUGGGCACCCCCUUUGCUGAUCUGAGGAUCGGUUACCCGGAGGAAGUCUGGUGGUGUCGGGGGAGGGAUGCCUCAGGCUGGUGCCGACUCCCGCCCCCAGGCCUCUGGCGGGGCGCACCUCCCGCCAGACGGGCGCAGCGCGCUGGGCCGGGGCGUCUGCGGCGGGCGGCGGGCGGCCGGAGCGCGCUCGACCCGGCAGCUCACUCUCUCUGCCUCCUCCCCCCAGGACUACCGAGAGGAUGGGAUGGAUCUAGGCAGUGACGCCGGCAGCAGCAGCAGCAGCAGCAGCAGCCGCGCCAGUUCGCAGUCCAACUCCACCAAAGUGACCCCUUGCUCCGAGUGCAAAUCCUCGUCGUCGCCGGGGGGCAGCCUGGACUUGGUGUCUGCGCUGGAGGACUAUGAGGAGCCCUUCCCGGUUUACCAGAAGAAGGUGAUUGAUGAGUGGGCGCCGGAGGAGGACGGGGAGGAGGAGGAGGAAGAGGAGGACGAGCGCGACGGACGAGGGUACCGGGAUGACCGCUGUCCCGCCCGGGAGCCGGGGGACGUGAGCGCCAGGACCCGCAGCGGCGGCGGCGGCGGCGGCGGCGGCGGGGGUAAAGGAGCCACCACCGCCAUGCCGCCCCCCCUGCCCAACGGCAACCUCCACCCGCACGACCCCCACCAGGACCUCAGGCACAAUGGCAACGUGGUGCUGCCCGGCUGGCCCGGCGGUUCUCGAGUCCCCCGCCGGGCGGUCCAGAAGCCCCAGCUGGCGGGGGGCCUGCGCGGCGGCCGGGGCCCGGCGGCGGGGGGCCUCUGCCUUCAGCCCACGGACGGCGGAACGUGCGUCCCAGAGGAGCCCCCGAUGCCCCCGAUGGACUGGGAGGCGCUGGAGAAGCAUCUGGCCGGGCUGCAGUUCCGGGAGCAGGAGGUGCGGAACCAGGGCCCCGGGAGGACCAACUCAACCUCAGCACAGAAAAAUGAGAGAGAAUCUAUCCGACAGAAGUUGGCACUCGGGAGCUUCUUUGAUGAUGGCCCAGGAAUUUAUACCAGCUGCAGCAAAAGUGGGAAGCCAAGCCUUUCCUCUCGCCUACAGAGUGGGAUGAACCUGCAGAUCUGCUUUGUCAACGACAGCGGCAGUGACAAGGACAGCGAUGCGGAUGACAGCAAGACGGAAACCAGCCUGGACACCCCCUUGUCGCCCAUGAGCAAACAGAGCUCUUCCUAUUCCGAUAGAGACACUACUGAAGAGGAAUCUGAAUCCUUAGAUGAUAUGGAUUUCCUCACCAGGCAAAAGAAAUUGCAGGCUGAAGCCAAAAUGGCCCUCGCCAUGGCCAAACCCAUGGCCAAAAUGCAAGUAGAAGUGGAAAAACAGAACAGGAAAAAGUCUCCCGUCGCUGACCUACUGCCACACAUGCCUCAUAUAAGCGAAUGCUUGAUGAAGAGGAGUUUAAAGCCCGCUGACCUGAGAGACAUGACUAUUGGGCAGCUACAAGUGAUAGUCAACGAUCUCCAUUCUCAGAUAGAAAGCUUGAAUGAAGAGCUGGUCCAGCUGCUGCUCAUCCGAGAUGAGCUGCACACAGAACAGGACGCCAUGCUGGUGGACAUCGAAGACUUGACCAGACAUGCCGAAAGUCAGCAGAAGCACUUGGCAGAGAAAAUGCCUGCGAAGUGAAGAGGAGCCAUCCCAUCAGAGGACAAGCUAGACGUCUUUUUGCUUCUGUGGUUGUAAAAAUGCUGUUGCGCAAGGUGGCGCAGAAACAAACAAACAUCAGUGUUAGUCAUUCAUUGAUAAUGUCUGAAGCUUCAUGUCCAGUGAUUGGCCUUUGCUUCUUUUUCUUUUUUUUCCGCAUUUUACCAGAUGAAUUUGACAUUUUCAGAGCAUUACACCCCAAAACUGCAGGGCACACGUUCCCCUCAACUGCACAUGGAACACCCUGUAGGACAGACCACAUAUUAAGCCACAAAACAAGCUUAAAUGAAUUUAAAAAGAUUUAAAUCAUUCCACACACCUCCCACCCACCCCCAACCACAAUGGCAUGAAACUAGAAAUCAAUUUUUAAAAAAAACAAACCCUGAAAAACACACAAACACAUGGAGGCUAAAUAACACACUACCAAACAGUGAGUGGGCUAACAAUGAGACCAAGGAAGAAAUCAAAAGAUACCUUGAUCCCUGGCCGGUGUGGCUCAGUUGAUUGGGUGCCGUCUGGUUCCAUUCCAGGUCAGGGCACAUGCCUGGGUUGUGGGCUCAAUCCCCAGUAGGAGGCAUGCAGGAGGCAGCCAAUCGAUGUUUCUCUCUCACAUUGAUGUUUCUCUUUCUCUCUCUCUCUUCCUCUCCUUCCUCUCGCUCUAAAAUCAAUAAAAACAUUUAAAAAAAAAAAAAAGAUACCUCAAGACAAGUAAAAUAAGAACACAACCCCAAAUUCACGAGACACGAAAGUCUCAAACCAGCAAUGGAACCUUUCACUAGAAGGCAGGUUUUCAAUGAGCCCAUAGGAUUAUUUUAAAAUGUGUACCAUGAUCUUCAUUGGAUUGAUUGAUUGUUGUUAUGGCAGCAGUAUUCUUUUUUUUUUUU